AAAAAUGUAAAGGGCGAACGUUUGGAUUUUAGUAUUUAGAUUCUUAUUUUUAAAAUAAAACGUUGAAAUCAAGCUUAAAAUGUCUAAAGAACAUGACAUUCUAAUCCCAAACAUAUCAUAUCCUGCAACUUUGCAAGCUAGUAAUCUGGAAGAUAACCCGACUUGUAGGAUUUGUUAUGGUGGUCCAAACAUUGGCCGACUUUUGAAACCGUGUAAAUGCAAAGGAACAAUAGAAUAUGUCCACGGACGGUGCUUGGAGUUAUGGCUUGAAACAACAGAACAUAAAAAGUGUGAGCUUUGUCAUUAUCUUUUUAAAACUAGAAAAGUUCAAAAAAGUUGUUUGGAAUGGUUCGUACAUCCUGUCACAGAAAACUACAGAACAAAGCGAAUGGAAUACAUAUUGGCUUUCGCUUCCUUCACCUCCUCAGUCAUUGUUCUGAUAUGGUUAAUAUGGAGAUUUCUCUACCGCAUUCUUUUUAACAGUGUCCAAGAAUACAAGUUAACCCUACACUUUGUGUCUGCAGUGAUAUUACUCGCAUCCAUUUUGACGUAUGCCUUGUUGUAUAUCAUAUGGACCAUUUGGUGCAUAAGAACUUACAUCCACUUAAUCGAAGAUUGGAGAAAUAGUCAAGGGGAAGUGGUUGACAUGGAAUCGAUUGAACUUCCUUCAAUUACUUCAGAAGAUGAAUCCGUGGCACAGCAAGAUGUUUUAACACGCGAAGAAGUGUAAUUAUUUUACGUUGUUUGUAUAAAAUUUAACCAUU